AAAGAAAAAGAAAAAAAGGGAAAAAGGAAAAAGCAAAGCACGAGGUUGAUGGAGGCAGUAAAAUGCAUACAUAAAAGACGCAUUUGCUCCCCAAUUUGGCCAUCCACCACUGGAACUUUCUGAAAAGGUUGAAGUCGGAGUCGACACAAAGUCAAAGAAAAGCCCAAACCACUUUCUUCUUCUUCUUCUUCUUCUUCUUCUUCUUCUUCUUCUAGGGCUUCUUACUCCCAUUCUUCCAUCUUCCUUCUUUUCUCGCAAUCUUGUUUCCCCUCUCCUUCAGAUUCAGUGAGGAGGCCUGAAGUUGGCUGUGGGGAGCUAAAUCUUUGUCCAGAAAGCUGAACUUAUUUGCUGCAGAUAAGAUGCACUUCCGGUCAUCAUCAUGCCAAAAUGCAGAUAUUGAGCUGGUUUUUAUAUCAAAAUGGACACCAAGAAGUUCAUCCAAUUGGUUGAGGAGAAGAAGAAGAGGGCUUUGGAGAAGAAAGAAGCCCCAUUGAAAUGGGAACAGAAACUUGAAGCUGCUGCCAAGGCAAAGGCUGAUGCUGAAGCCAAAGCCAGGAAGAUCAAGGCUUCCAAGCAUAAAAGAAGAUCACUAUCAGACUCUGAUACUGAUUCCGAAAGUGAUAGCCAUGAGGGAGGAAGGAAAGCAGGUAAGAGAAGUCAUAAGAAGCACAGGAAACAUAGCUACUCUGAUUCAGGUGACAGUGAGAAGAGAAAAGAGAGAAAAUCUAAGCAAAAACUGAAACGACGUCGCUCAUCUCACGAUGACAGCAGUGAUGAAUCCGAUGACCACUCUGGUGAAGAUAGGAGGAAGAAGAGAAGCCAUAGAAGACAUGCACAUGACAACUCAAGUUCUGAUGAAAGUUACUCCAGUUCUAGUGAUGAUGAUGUUGAGAGAACAAAACGAAGUCAUUCCAGGCGUCAUAGACAUCAUAGGCGAAUUGACUGUUCAUCAUCUGAUGAUUCUAACAGUGAGGAUAAUAGUUCUUUGCAAAGGAAAAAACGUGUCAGACACCACAAGUCCCACCAUCGACACGGGCGGUCCCAUCGAUCAUGUAGUAUUGAUUCAUUAAACCGUAAUUACUGGAGGCGUGAUGCUAGAAGCCAGUCCUCAGGGAAGUCAUCUGACGAUAAUCAUGAAGAAUCAGCGUUAUUACAAUCUAGGCAUAAGAGUAGCCACCAUAACAAAUACCGGCACCAUCAUUCAGGUGUCGAUGGUUCGACCCAGAUCGAUGAAAAACAUGCUGACAAGAACUCUGAUGAAAAUGACCAUGAUCGUGCUAAGGAUUCUCAUUAACCAACCCCAAAUACUACUACUAGAUGGGGGAUACUACUUGUGAUUCUUACGGAUAUUGGUUUAUUGUUCCUGCUACGUGUUCGUUUUAUGUGGAGGAUUGCUUAUGUAUCAUUGUUAAGACACUUUUGGGAUUUAGGGUUUACAUCUGUAUCACUUUAUCCAGGCCGCAUGACUUUUGGCUGUAAUUCUGAUACUAUUAUAUUAUUAUAACUAUAGCCUUCUGCUCAAGUUUUAUUAGCCAAA